GAGAAGUCGGUUGAUGUUCGGUUUUUUAAGUGUUCAAUGCAUAUUCUUGUGAUUCCAAGUUUUGUAUUUGUUUCCAGAAAUAAGAGUCCGACAUCAUCUCCAAUACUGUUAUCUGUCAUGUUAUUUUUCUCCAAAAACUCGGCUCACUCAGAGAGAGAGAGAGAGAGAGGGAGAGAGAGAGUCCUUAAGCCUUGCAAGCCGCGAACAAAGCGAACGACUUCUCUGAUUUCUUUCACACGCAAACACGUCCUGUUUAUAACUCAAACAUAAAGGAAGAAUCUUUUUUUUUAUUUUAAUAAAGAGGUCUACAAUUUACAAAUGUCUUUCUCUCUCUAAAUCUUUCAAUUUUUUUUUUUUCCUAGUAGUUUAUUCUAUCUCCGUCCCUAUCUUCUUUAACGUGCACAAACUGUGUGUUUUGCGCAUACAAAACAGGUUCGGCUUCCCACAUCACGAGCUCUUUCUCUCCGUCUGUAUUUUUGUCUGCCGCUCUUUCCUUGAUUGCGUUGUGUUAUUGUUAUGUGUGCUGUUCUAUAGUUAUAUGUCAAAAUUUUGGAGUCUUUUUGAAGAAGGUGUUGAUCCAAGUUCAAAGGCUUGAUCAAUUGGUCGUUCGUUACUCUGUUCUGUUAUGUAUUGGGCGAGCAAGGAAAUUUGGAAUGCAGAAUUUAUUGAUUGGAACCCAUGAUAAGGCUUGCUAAUGGGGUCCCUAAACAUGGAGAAGAAAUGGUUAUUUCCGCUCAUCAUAAGCUCUCUAAUAUGCAUAUUCCUUAUGGCCACUACCUUCAACAUGGGUCUUGUUUUCUCACUGCACACAAUUAAUUCGAUCUUUUCAAUUUUUCCUUCUCGCUUGGCUACAAAUCAAAAGAGCCCAGUUUUUGCCGAAUCAAGAGUUUCACAAUCUCCACCCCCUCCUACCGGCCCAAAGAUUCCUCGAUUCGCUUAUUUGGUUUCUGGGUCAAAAGGUGAUUUGGAAAAGCUUUGGAGAACUCUUCACGCACUUUACCAUCCACGAAACCAAUAUGUUGUUCAUUUGGAUCUUGAGGCGCCGGCAGAGGAGAGGUUGGAGCUAGCCUCCCGAGUGGAGAAAGAACCGAUUUUUGCUAAGGUUGGGAAUGUUUACAUGAUUACCAAAGCUAAUAUGGUCACUUAUAGAGGACCCACCAUGGUAGCUAAUACUCUUCAUGCUUGUGCCAUUCUUCUCAAAAGGAGUAAGGAUUGGGAUUGGUUUAUCAACCUCAGUGCUUCCGAUUAUCCUCUCGUGACUCAGGAUGAUCUUCUAUACACAUUUUCGCCUUUAGAUCGAAACCUGAAUUUCAUUGAGCACACGAGCCAGCUAGGAUGGAAGGAGGAUAAGCGCGCAAUGCCUUUGAUGAUAGACCCUGGCUUAUACUCGUCAACCAAAUCAGAUAUCUUCUGGGUCAAUCCCGGAAGAACUUUGCCAACGGCUUUUAAGUUAUUUACAGGUUCGGCAUGGAUGGUUCUGUCACGUUCAUUUGUAGAGUAUUGUGUCUGGGGUUGGGAUAAUUUACCAAGGACCCUUCUCAUGUACUACACAAAUUUCGUCUCCUCCCCUGAGGGCUACUUUCAGACUGUCAUAUGCAACGUUCCUGAGUUUGCUAAGACUGCAGUCAACCAUGACUUGCACUAUAUUUCUUGGGACAACCCCCCCAAACAACAUCCUCACACCCUUUCCCUUAUUGACACCGACAAGAUUAUUGGUAGCAGUGCGCCAUUUGCUCGAAAAUUCAAACAAGAUGACCCGGUGUUGGAUAAGAUUGAUAAGGAUUUACUAAGGCGGAAGAAUGGGAGCUUCACCCCUGGUGGUUGGUGCUCUGGCAGCUCCAAAUGUUCCAAGGUAGGGAACCCAAACAAGCUGAAACCAGGCCCAGGAGCUCAAAGGCUUCGCCGCCUCAUAGCUAGGCUUGUAUUGACUGCUAAUAUGGGCCAAAAUCAGUGUAAAUAGGAUUUUUUGGAACGUGAAAGAUUCUAAAGAGGAAACAAAUAAUAAUAAUUAGAAAGAUCUAUCUACAAGCCAAACGAAAGUAAAUGAAAAUUUCCACCGGGACGAAGAAUUUAAUGCUGUUGAUGCAGCCAAGACCUCAUUCUUGUUAGUCUUGAAGGCAUGUUAGCGUAGGUAUAAGCAUAGCAAUAAAUUGUUGCCCGGAUCAUUCAAAGUUGGCUCUUACUCAUUCUUCUUCUGUUAGCUUCUGAUUAGGUUGAACUGUUCACAUAUACACUAUGAUUAUUUUUUCUGCAGUGUUUUUCC